AUGUCUAAUGCCCCUGUAAUUGCUGAUGAAAGCAUGUGCCAGCGUGUGCGCUCCAGGACACUGGCACUGCAGGAACAGCUAAAGGCCACAUACCUCUCAGACCAGCUCCCUAACCCUGACCAGUACCUCUCAGACCAGCUCCCUAACCCUGACCAGUACCACUCGGACCAGCUCCCUAACCCUGACCAGUACCUCUCAGACCAGCUCCCUAACCCUAACCCUGACCAGUACCUCUCGGACCAGCUCCCUAACCCUGACCAGUACCACUCAGACCAGCUCCCUAACCCUGACCAGUACCACUCGGACCAGCUCCCUAACCCUGACCAGUACCUCUCGGACCAGCUCCCUAACCCUGACCAGUACCUCUCAGACCAGCUCCCUAACCCUAACCCUGACCAGUACCACUCGGACCAGCUCCCUAACCCUGACCAGUACCUCUCGGACCAGCUCCCUAACCCUGACCAGUCCUCACACCUGCGACACACACCGAUGCUCGAGGCAGAGAUGCUGCACACACGCGGAGAAGACGGGAUGGCCGAGGAGCAAGUUCAAAGCAGUCAGUUGAGUCGCCUCCAGAAAUUAAGAGCACAUCACAAUGCUUGUGAAGAACGAUACACGAAGGCGUACACAAAAACUGCAAAUGAUGAACGGGAGAAGACCAUGUUUUUAUAUCAGAGCAUGAAAACAAAGCCUAACAGGAAAAUGCUUGGAUAUGAAACAGAAGAAUCAAGUUCAGAGUUCAGCGAGUAUAUACCGGAAACAGAGGAUCAAUCAGAGAGUGACAGGUCAGCAAAGGAAGAGAGUUUAGCAAAAAAUGACAAACAGCAAAAGAGACGAAAGGUUCAGUCAAAAACAUCAAGAUCUAAACCAUGUAAAAGAAAGCGUGUGACACGUUCUAGUUGCUUGGCUACCAGUGGAACCAAAGAAUCCUCUUCAUCUGACGAACAUGACAGCGGCGAAUCCUCUUCAUCGGAUGAACAAAUUAGCUGCGAAUCCUCUUCACCUGAUAAUUCCAAUGUGAAGGUCAUGAUGCUGAAGAAGAAAACAGAUGGCGGCAGAAUAUACAACAAAAAGUACUUCUGUUUGUUCUGCUCUAAACCAUUCAGUAAAAUGGCACGCCAUUUGGAAUCGAAGCACAAAGAUAAGCCAGAGGUGGCAAGAGCAGUUGCAUUUCCAAAAGGGUCUAAAGAUCGAAGAUUACAGGUGAGUUUAUUGAGAAAUAAAGGGAACCGUUGUCAUAAUACUCAGGUGCUUAAAGAAGGAAAAGGACUGGUGAUACCCAGACAGCAAUCCAUUGCACCAGUAACAGCAAGUGAUUACUUGCACUGUGUAAACUGUGAGGCCUACCUGAAGAGGAGAUCAUUGUGGAGGCACAUGCAGAGAUGCCAUCUAAGCAAAAAAGUAAAAGGAAUGAAGCCAGGAAAAACUCGAGUUCAGGCCCUUUGCUCGUAUACUGAACCAGUUCCAGAGAGUGUGAAUGAGCGAUUUUGGAGAAUGGUGCUUGAAAUGCACGAGGAUAAGAUAACAGAUGUUGUCCGCAAAGAGAAAAUCAUAUUGAAAUUAGGGGAACAUCUCUUUAAUAAGCAUGGCCAUGAUGUCACAAAACAUGAAUAUAUAAGACAAAAGAUGCGUGAGACGGGGCGACUAGUUCUCCAAGGUAAACAGACUGGCAAGUUGAAGGAGGUGUCAGAUUUCUUUGUACCGGCUAAUUUCCCUCAUGUGAUUGAUGCGGUUCACAGUGUGUCUGGCUUGAAUGAGGAAACAAACACAUACAAAGCACCAUCUUUAGCUCUAAAGUUAGGGCACAACCUCAAGAAAUUGGCCAGCAUUAUUGAAUGUGAGGCAAUGAUGUCCGGUGAUAAGAACGCUCUUAACAAUGUGCAGGCCUUCAAACAGAUCUGUGACACUAAAUGGAGUGAGUGUGUGUCAUCCCAGGCCCUCCGAAAUUUGAGUGAGGCAAAAUGGAACUCUCCGCAGCUUCUUCCCUUUGCUGACGAUGUGAAAAAAAUGCACCAGUAUCUUGACAGAGAGAGUAAGGAGUACCAAACAAAACUUGAAGAAGAACCAAGUAACAAGAACUGGUCAGAACUUGCAAAAAUUACACUUUGUCAGGUAAUACUUUUCAAUCGUAGAAGAGAAGGAGAAGUAUCCAAGAUGUCCCUUAAUGCUUUUACAUUGAGGGAUACCUCGUCGACUCAUCCAGAUGUAGAGUUUGCAUUGUCAGACCUUGAGAAGAAACUUUGUAAGCACUUUCAAAGAAUUGAGAUAAGAGGCAAACGAGGACGAAAGGUCCCCAUUCUGCUCACACCCGAUAUGCUGACGUCGAUGGAGUUACUUGUCAAGACUCGCCGUAACUGUGAAGUGCCCGAUGAGAAUGUGUUCAUGUUUGGAAGACCACAAGCACUCAGUCACUUCAGAGGAUCAGAUGUUAUCCGUAAGAUUGCUCAAAGCUGUGGAGCAAAACACCCAGAGACAUUAUCCUCCACUAGACUGAGAAAGCACAUGGCCACUAUGUCCAAGGUCCUCAACUUAAAGGACAAUGAGAUGGAUGACCUUGCUGACUUCCUUGGACAUGACAUCAGGGUCCAUCGGCAGUAUUAUAGGUUACCCGAAGGCACAUUACAGCUUGCCAAAAUAAGUAAAGUUCUGAUGGCCAUGGAACGAGGACAGCUAUCUGAAUUCAAAGGAAGGAAUCUUGAUGAGAUCCAGAUUGAUCCACAAGAGAGAGUACUGAUGGACAGUGAUGGAUCAGACUCUGAAAAUGAGACUGGAAAUGGUGCUUCACCUUCAGAUUCGGCAGAGAAAUCAAUGAAGUCUACUAAUGAAGUUGAACAACCCAAAAAUCAACAACCAGCCAAAGUAUCGUCACAAAACCCACGGAGAAAGUGGACAGAAGAGGAAAUCCAGGCUGUGGAAGAAACUCUGAUGGACUACAUCCAGUCUGGAAAGGUUCCUGGGACCACAUGCCACUGA